GAGAGGAGCUGUGUUAGUGGUCAGUCUCUGGAAACAACGUCAACGUGCCAUCACGCAUCCGGAGAGCGCGCGCUCCAGCGGUUCGCACGAGAGGAUGAUGAUGAUGAUGAUGAUGAUGAUGAAGUGAAGCCGUCACGCGCCGCUGCGACCCGUGCAUGGUGGAUGUUAUGGAUGAUUGUUGUCAUUUUCCCUCCUGAGAGAGACAGAGACACGGAGACGGAGACAGAUGGGGGACCGUCACGGUCGGACCCGGAGACUCGGGAGCCUCACGACCAAGUCCCGGGUCUCCAAGGAGAUCAAGCUCCGGCUGCGCGUGAUCUUCUUGGAUGACAGCGAGCGCACGUUCGAGGUGGAGCAAAAGGUUUUAGGUGGAGACUUCUUCAACAAAGUGUGUGGCCAUCUGAAACUGCUGGAGAAGGAGUACUUUGGACUGGAGUUCAGACACCACAGCGGCAACUACGUGUGGUUAGAGCUGCUGAAGCCACUGGCCAAACAAAUUAAAUACACCAGCGAUCUCUUCUUCAGGUUUAUAGUAAAGUUCUUCCCACCGGAUCCUGGACAACUUAAGAGAAGCCUCACCAGGUAUCUUUUUGCCUUACAGAUAAAGCAGGACUUGUCUAACGGCAGUCUGACCUGUCAUGACAACAGCGCCGCCCUGCUCGUCUCUCACAUACUGCAGUCAGAGCUAGGGGACUAUGACGAGGAGCUGGACUGUCACCAUUUAGAGAUGAAGCAGUAUGUCCCCAACCAGGAAUAUCUAGACCACAAGAUCAUCAAGUUUCACAAGAAGCACAGAGGUGCAUCUCCAGCAGACUCGGACAUCCACCUGUUGGAGGUGGCGAGGAAGCUGGACAUGUACGGCAUCAGGCCUCACGCCGCCAAUGACGGGGAGGGAAUGAGGAUCAACUUGGCUGUCACACACUCUGGAGUACUGGUCUUUCAGGGAAACACCAAAAUCAACACGUUCAGCUGGGCCAAGAUCCGCAAGUUGAGCUUCAAGCGCAAACAUUUCCUCAUCAAACUGCACGACAAAGUUGGGCCGUCGUGCAAGGACACACUAGAGUUCUCCAUGGCUAGUCGAGAUGUGUGUAAAUCCUUCUGGAAGACCUGCGUAGAGUACCACGCUUUCUUCAGACUGGCAGAGGAACCGAAGACAAUGCACAAAACGCUGCUGUUCAGCAAGGGCUCCAGCUUCAGAUACAGUGGGCGGACGCAAAAACAGCUACUGGAGUGUAUGGGAUCAGGGGAGAAGAAGCCUUCGCACUUUGAGAGGACCUACUCUCAGUCAGACUUUGAUCCCAGACAGUGCCGUUCCUCUCCUGAUCUCCUCACGGACGUCUCCAAACAAUUGUACGAGCACUCCUACCCAUUCCCUCGGUCCAGGCAUGCUUUGGCAGUCUGCAGUCAGGAUGAGUUGGACCCACAUCACCGAGGUAGAGACGACUUCGAUUUCGAUGGAGGGAGGGCUAAACGCAGCCAAUCAUACGUUGAGGUCACCCAGAGGACCUGCCCUCUCUCCCAGGUCUCUCCAUCUGCACAUCAAUUAUCCCCCUCACCCAAGACAAGGUCUGCCUCCACAUCUGUGAUGGAGGAUAUGAGGGGGGGACGGAUCGGGGCGCAGCGCCAAGCCCAAAGGCUAGCUGGUAUCUAUGGCAACCGGUCACGGCGCCGGCCCAAUCCCCAGCCACAUCCGGAUGCAGCUCAGCAACUGGUUCUUCUCUACCCAAACAGUCCUGCCUACCAGUAUCGCCCCAUCCUCCCAUCAUUCCCAUUAGCUGGUUCUUUGCCUCUCAGCCGACACCCUUACCUGACGGACUACGUUGCCGUUUCCUCAUUGGAACGUUUCCCGCAGGUAAGGAGGGAUUAUGUGACCAUGGAUGGCCUAUCACGGCCAUCUUUCUAUCCGCUCAGCCACGAUUCGCUGUCCCUCUCACCAGUCAGGAAGAACCUCCGUCCCUCUGGCUCAGGUGGGCUGGGAUUGGCCAGGGUUUAUCAGUCAGGAAACAAUGGAGGGAGGCUCUUGGGUACUGGACACACGGAGGCGGGGCAUUAUAGCGAUGACUCCAGCUUCCUCCCGGGGCUGCCUCGCCGUAUGGCAAGCCAGCCAGAUGUCAAGUUUCACCUAUCAAAGAGUUCUAAUCCUGCCUCUGAGUUUCGUCCCCUUGGUUACUACCCACACCUGACACGCCCCUCCAGACCCACCUACCUCCCGCUAAACUCCUCCCCUCUGCCCGAACGACCCACCUCGCUAUGUAUGAUGGGAGGCACGACGGGAAGCUACAGCGAUUCAGACCCAGAGAUUUUCUAUCCAUAUUACUGCCCACCACCCCCGCUGGGGAAAAUGGGACGGUCUGCUGGACUAGCCAGGAUGAGGUUUUCUUCCGGGAGCCUCCAGCUGGACGAGGAGGAAGAAGAGGAUGAAGAGGAGGAGGAUGGAGCAGCGAAGCAGAAAGCAAAAAAAGAGCUGAAGGGUGAAGAUGAAAAGAAAGGAAAGGAGAUGAAGACUAAAGGUGCUGCAAAGAUUACUGAAGUCACCCUGUAGAUGGACAAAAACAUUUUACACAUGGAAAUAAGUGCAAAGGUUCAUGAUAUGGUCACUCUCAAAACUGGCAGGACUGUAGACAAAACAAGAUAAUUGUAAUAAAUGUGAUGGCGUCAUAUGUAUGAGAAGUGUAUUGUUUUGUAGGUGUACUGGCAGAGGAAAUGUAGCUUGUUUUAGCAAAAACAACAAAAAAGUACAUUUUGGGUGCAAGAUAACCUCCGACCUGACCAUCAAAGGUCACAACAAUUUGAGACACAGCUUUGGUGAGACAGGGAAAGAAAGAAAACUGUUAGGACUUUAAUAGUCUUGAGUGUUGUCAGUGUGAUGUGUAUGUAGGUUUGGGAAAAUUAUUGGAUAACUUCUCUGGGUGAUGUAACUGGGUAUUGUUAUUUUAUAUGAAUGGGGGACAAGACAUCUUUUUUGGUUUAGAUAACUGAAUUUGUCAAUAAAUGAUCAUACGAGGAAGAUAAUUGUGGUCAAACUGAUACAAUGCGCCAAUAUUUCAUCAGGUAUGUACUCUAAGUUACGAUAUUAUUAUAAAUGCAUAAUAUUAUAGGAUAUUUGACAAUGUCACCCACGCAAUCAGAUGAUAACUAAUUAUUUAAGACACAUUGUGAUAAAAGAAAUGUAAAUACAAGUAA